GGGACAUGCCGUGGUAGGCCUAUACAGCCUAUAGGGAUGCCCGGGCGAUCAGUCCCCUCUCAGCAGCUGCCCGGCCUCGUGGACGGCGUGGCGGAGCCGGCGUGCGGGCGGCCGGCAGGCAUGGCGGGCGGCCGGGGAGCCGCGGCGGCCGCGCGGGCGCUGGCGCUGCUCCUGCUCCCGCGGGCGGGCGGGUCGCCUGCCGGCAACGGCUACCAGUCCAACAAGGUCCGGUUGCCGAGGUGGCCCCCGUCGUACAGCAUGAGACGAUCCACGCUGUUCAUGCCAUGCAACUACAGCGGGUGGCACGACGUGGCAGAGGCUCUGCAGUACGGCCUUGUCAGCUAUGACUGGGCUAACGCGCAGGUGCUGUGGUCGAACGCCGCGCCGGUGAACGACGAGGCGCUGCUCACGGCUCAAGCAGACAAGCUCGUCGCUGCCGACCGCAGCGGUGGUGUGAGGGUCGGCGUGUACAGGAAUACCAUCAAGGCGUUCAACUGGUUCGGGUCCAUUGUUCAGGAAAAGCUAGACGACCCGCGCUACGCUGGGUGGUUCGUUCAGUUCAAGGACUGCGAGGGUGCUCGGUCGAACCUCUCCUACGAUCCCCCCGCUUGCACCCUGAGCAAGUGCAGCUGCGCGUGGCACGACCACGCCGGCCAGCUCGAUGGCGGCACGCAGGAUUGCGGGAAAUCCCCAUGCGGCGGCUAUGUUUUCGAUCACAGGAACGCGACGUUCUCCGAGUGGUUUGUCAAUGAAUUCAUUAUAAGUAAUCACACGAUCCUUCGACCCGGGGUGUCCGAGCUGUACCUCGACGACCGUGUGGAGCUUUGGGGCAUCGCGGAAGCGGAGGGGAAUUUCCUAAGGGACACGGGGCUGACGCCACAUGACAUGCAUGACCUGAAGAGCGCCUUUGAGAGCACCAUGGAGAGAGUGUACGAUCGGAUCGUCGAGCUCGGCUCCUUCGCAUGGCAGAUGCUCUACGACGGCCCCUUCGUGCUCCCGAGGUAUUUCGAUAACGGCACUCGGGACCCUCAGGGGGACGUCGCGCCAAGCGCUUGCUCGCAGGAGCUGCGGCGCUUCUGCCAGCCAGACUCGACAGCCGCCAGGCGUGCGUUGGCCUACACCAGGAACCCGAGCCCAGACAACGCGAGUGUCCAGGGCGAGCAGUACCUAAUCCUGUUCCUCCUCACCCGGGGGGAGUACGCGUGGAUCGGCUACGACUACCGCGGCUGCAAGACGCAGUGGUACCCCAGGCCGCGGGAGUGGGACGUCGACUACGGCGAGCCCAUGGGGAACUGCUGGGAGACGGGGGCCGGCUCGAACGUCUUCGUCCGCAGGUGGACGAAAGCGUCGGUCCGCUGGGACUGCAACGCGGGCACGGGACGUAUGGACUCCUCGGCCGCCCCCGCGCCUUCUCUGGUAGUCUGAAGCUGGCGGGUCGCGGCGAGCAGGAGAACGCCCGGGCGGAUCGCGAGAGGGGUGGCGCCCUGCAGCCAGCGUGCCGCGGCGGCCAGGCUGAGCCGGCAGCCGCCUGCGGAUGCGCCUUCGGGUCGCACGGGCCGCGCGCGUGGCCUGCCGCGCAGACGAAGCAGCACUUCGCGAUGGUCCUCUCCGCCGCCGUCGGAGG